AUGGCGGAGCUGACUAUCAGCGUUGUCCGAGUUGCCUGGAUUUUCAAAAAGAGGUUGGAAGAUCGAGGAGGGUCCGGCGCCAAGAACCAGAUCGGGCUACCACUUGUACUGCACCAUGCAAAUGUACAAAAGGACGAGGUCGUCCGGAGUAAGGACUCUCUGAAGCCGUUCGUCCUUGGACACAGCGAUCCAAGCUCGGUAGAUCUCUUCAGAGCGGAAUUUGAAGUAUUCCUUGCCGAGGGGGAAAGACUUGGAGUGGGGGUUGUGGUGAAACAUUCGCGCGACGAUGUAGCGGCUAAUGGUGUCCUUCAAAUUGUCAAUCUCAAAGUCCAAGCUGUGGUCAAAAGAGAAAGAGAGAGUAGCGAGCAUGAGAGGAAGGUUGACCCCAUCUUCAUGGCCAACGAAACCGCUAGGACACAACUGAAUCCCGAGUAG